AUGGACGCUGCCGCAACGCCGACCGCCCGCAUCAACAAGUUCGACGGGACCAACUUCCACGCAUGGAUGUUCAAGAUGCAGAUGGUGCUCGAAGUACGGGACCUGUGGGAGGUCACAUGUGGAGAAGUCAAGCUGGAGCACUGCACCAACAAGAUUCUGCAGCUGCCGCUGGUCCGUUCAGCGAUUGGAGCGUACGAUGCAUGGUCAAGACUGGAAGGGCAUUACGAGAAGAAGAGCCUGGCAAACAAGCUCUUUCUUCGUCGUCGUUUCUUCACAACUAUGAUGGAAGAAGGUGAUGAUGUGCUGGAGCACAUCAACAAGAUCAAGACUCUAGCGGAGCAGCUCGACGCUGUGGGUGCUCCGGUUAGCGAGGACGACUUCGUGAUCACGCUUCUUGGGAGUCUAAGCGAUUCGUACCAGUUUUUGAUCACGGCGUUAGAGUCACGUGCGGACACGCUAACGUGGGAGCUGGUGACGUCUCGACUACUGCACGAAGACAUGAAGCGCAAGGAACAAGGUGGCGGUGUCGACGGAUCCGCGCACGGUCAAGGUCAAGCGUUCAUGACAAGCAAUCACAGCAAGCGAAAAAAGAGGACGGCCUGUGCAGAAGGCCAGUGCAUGUCACUACUGUGGGGAGCACGGACAUUGGAUUGCCAAGUGUCCGUUGAUGGAGAUAACAUCAAGCUGAGUGAAGAGUGGCUGGUCGACUCAGGUGCAACUCAGCACAUGACAUACUCAAAAGAGUACAUGAAGAACUACCAGAAGAUCUCGCCAGUGGAUGUGCAUUUGGCGGAUGAUGGCGUGGUACAAGCAGUGGGAAAGGGAGACAUCAUCAUGUCAAUGAGGACAAAACACGGCGUCAAGAAAUGUGUGCUUACUGGUGUGUGGCACAUCCCCAAAUUGACGCGCAACCUGUUCUCUGUGGGGUGUUUUACGAAGGACAUUGGCCACGUCACAUUUGAAAGUGACGGGUGCUUUGCUCAGUCGAAGAGUGUGAAGUGGCAGCUGGGUACGCGCAAGGGAAAGGGCUUAUUCAAGUUAUGCAUGACCCCGCUCAUGUCAGAUGAAGCAAAUGUGUCAAGUUCAACCGGUUUCAAUGGGACCAACCGGUCGUACCUCUGGCAUCUUCGACUUGGCCAUAUUGGCCAUAACGGUCUAGACUCCAUUGUCAAGAAGGGCUACGGCAACGGCAUCAACAUCACGUCUGUUCAACAGUGGGAGAUGUGUCAAGGGUGUGCUCUUGGCAAACAAACUCGAGUGAACUUUAUGCCAAAGUCCCCAGAGAGUGCAAAGAAGAUGCUAGAAGUCAUCCACAGCGAUGUCUGUGGUCCUAUGCAAACAGCUUCGCUCGGUGGAAGCAGAUACUUUGUCACGUUCAAUGAAGAGUAUUCACACUUUAGUGUGGUGUUCUUGCUUAAGAACAAGUCUGAAGUGGCUUCUAAGUUUGCCGAAUUCGUCGUAUUUGCAGAGACUCAGACAGGAAACCGCGUCAAGCUACUUCGCAGUGACAACGGCGGAGAUUACAAGUCGCAUGAGAUGACCAAGCUGUGCAGCAGUCGUGGCAUUGUACAAAAGUUCACGCCUCCUUACACUCCUCAGCUCAAUGGAGUUGCUGAACGGAUGAACCGGACGCUUGUUGAAUGCGCGCGCUGCAUGAUGGAGCAUGCCGGACUGUCGAAGGAAUACUGGGGCGAAGCGGUUGUAACCGCUACAUUUCUUCGAAACCGAUGUCCAACACGUGCCACAAGUCAAGACAAGUCGCCACAUCAAAUCUGGACCGGCAAGAAACCGCUGUUUUCAAAUCUGAAGGUGUUCGGUUGUCACGCAUACGUGACGGUCCCGAAGCAAAAGCGCAUCAAGUUUGAUGCGCAGUCAGUCUAUUGCCGCUUCAUAGGAUACUCUGAACACGAGAAAGCGUAUCGCUUUGAAGAGAUCAAGAGCCGUCGUGUUCUAGUGAGUCGCGACGCAAGUUCAUGGAAGACGUCUUCGACAGUGGGAGACGCACCAAAAGAGACGCAGAAGAUGUCUUUGAAAGUCAAGAAGAUGAGACCUGACGAAGAAGACGCUGCGCAAGACCAAGAUACGGAGCCCGGCAGUAAGCGCCACACGCGAACCCCUUCGUUGGAACAAGCUGUGGAGAUUCCGGUUCCCAAGCGGCAGAGUCAAAGAAUUUUGCUCAAAAACAUGUCGGCGGUGGCACAAGUCGAGGACGACUUUGAGACAGCCUACGUUGUGGAUUCAGUGGGAGAUAUGCCGAAAACGUUUAAGUCGGCGAUGGAAUCCAACAACGCGGUCAAGUGGAAGGAAGCGUGCGACUCCGAAAUCGACUCCCUCCGCAAGAACAAGACAUGGCAGUUGGUGCAAUUACCUAAGGGUCGGAAAACUAUCGGAUGCAGAUGGGUGUUCCGCGUCAGAGAGAAUAGCAAUUCAGUCAGGUCGCCACAAUACCCAGGCUUGAAGUUGACCAAGGCCAUGUGCGAAGGAGGUUGCAAGCAUGAAGAAACGAUGGCAAAUUUUCCCUACCAGAACGCCUUAGGAUGCCUCAUUUACCUUAUGGUUGGCACCCGUCCCGACCUUGCAGCUGCAGUGGGAUUGCUCAUCCAGUUUGCCUCCGAUCCGUGUCCAACACACUGGCAAGCACUCAAGAGGGGUUUUCGACUGGGCCGGCGACAUAGAUUCAAGGCGCAGUACAAGUGGAUACACCUUCAUCAUGAACAACAGUUGCAUCAGCUGGAGGAGCAAGAAGCAACGAACGGUGGCACUAUCAUCACGGAAGCAGAGUCCAUGGCGCUAUCGGAGGCUACACAAUAA